AUGAGCUCCUACUUUGUCAACCCGCUGUACGCCAAGUACAAGGCGGCGGCGGCUGCGGCGGCGGCGGGCGAGCCCCUGGGCCCGCGUACUACGACUGCCCCUUUGCGCCCAGAGCUAAGCGGCCGCCACGCCGCCGCCCUGCUCUACGGGACCAGCGCGGCGCUGCGGGGCUUCCAGCCGCACCCCGGGCCCGGCGGCGGGGGCCCAGACUAUUACCUGCCGGCCGGGGGGAGCCCCGCGGCUGCCUACCAGCCGCCUCCUCCCCCUGCGCCCGCGCCGCCUCCUCCUGCCCCCUGCGGCGGGAUUACCUGUCACGGGGAGCCCGCGAAAUUUUACGGAUACGAUAAUUUACAGAGACAGCAGCUUUUUACGACCCAGCAAGAGGCCGAGCUGGUACAAUAUCCUGACUGUAAAUCGUCCAGUGCUAAUAUUGGCGAGGAACCAGACCACUUAAAUCAGAGCUCGUCUCCCGCUCCAAUGUUCCCCUGGAUGAGACCGCAAGCAGCGCCUGGUAGGAGGAGAGGAAGACAAACAUACAGUCGUUUCCAGACGCUAGAGCUGGAAAAGGAAUUUCUGUUUAACCCUUAUCUGACACGGAAGAGAAGGAUUGAGGUAUCCCACGCGCUAGGACUCACCGAGAGGCAGGUAAAGAUCUGGUUUCAGAACAGAAGGAUGAAAUGGAAAAAAGAAAACAACAAGGACAAAUUCCCAGCUUCCAGGCAGGAGGGAAAGGAAGGGGAGGCCAAAAAGGAAGCACAUGAUCUGGAAGAAGACAGAGUUGAAGGCCAGACGAAUUAAGUUUGGCUUUUAAACGUUAAUAAAAGAUUAUUGGAAAUAACGAUCCACAUAUGCUGGGAAACACGGUCGGUUUUCUUUGUUGCAAAGGUCCUUUCGUGUGUUUCAAAUUAUCCUAUGUCAUUGGCUUGACGUUUCUGAGCUUUGUGUUUUGUGGUUUUGUUUUUACUGUAUCAGGCACAAUCUCUAACUCACAUACUCUUAUUUACAUGGAAAUUUGAUACCGAAUUUGUAGCAAUAUAUUUUUAUUGUAAUUUUCCAAUGUUUAAAAGAUGGUGAUUACUGUCAACGACAUAAACUUCCUAAUGAUAAGUACCAAUAAGCGAGACAUAAAAUGCUUUAUUAAUCAGAACAAGUGCAC